AUGCCAAGUAAAGCAAUCUUAGUCACUAACUCUGGGCGUACAAAGGCAAAAUUCGGGACCAGCAAAUUCCUGCUCGAUAAUUACUCAUCAAUCAACGCAUAUAUUCUCCUCCCUAUUCCCAUUCUCUCCCCUACAUGGACAAUAUCCGCUGGAAUCAUAGGAACCCAGGGGAAAGAAAUAGACCAGCUAGAAGAGCUGCCCUUGCCGAAACAGCUGCACGUCAGCUACUACAACCAAACCAGGACUAGGCCAACGCUUGUCUGUAAUUACAGACUUAAGUUUGACCAUAGCUUCCACUGGUAUCAAAGAGCGGGGUCUUUACCGGAGCUCCCCUCUCGGCCUUCCUCAACCGCUGCCCUCACGAUUUUCUUAUUCCAGAGCUGGCGGGGAGCUUCGAUUUUCACAUACCGAUACGUCCCCCGAAGCCCUGCGGGAUGCCCAUUUUGCAUCAUUUUCAAGCAAAACAUAGCCACCACCAAGGGUACCUGUCAUUCAUAA